CUCACUCCACGCUCACUUACAUGAGGAAUAUGAGAUUGUUCUAUGGAUGAUGUUUGUUGGAUGCUUUGAUAUCUGCAAUAUGGACUACUCGGGUAGGGCGUUCCGCAACGAUAUGGGCUGCGAAAGCGGUAUCCUUCUGCUGGUGUCUAUUUAUGGCACAUCUUCAGCACUCUCUCCCUUGGCUAGUUAACAUUACCGGACAAACCCUCUCCUCUUCAUCUACCUGUGGACUAGUCCAUCCGUACAAUAACGCUCUUAUCAUCACGGACUCUAUCCCUUCUUUCAAAAGACAAGAUUUCUAUCGCCAUCAUCAGGAUGCCUCCUUCGAACCAAAGAAGCACCGAGCUCAGUAUCAGAGUUGCUCGGACUCAGGGCAACGAAUCUGAGCCUCAAGCAUUGCCCACCACUCCCCAGCAACUUUUACAGCUGAUUAGACGCCGUAUAGUCGAAGCUGAGGGACCCGAGUAUUUCGAAUACCAACAGGUUUCGCCUGAAGCCGGGUCCUUUGUGGUACGAAGCUUCUCCAGGGAUGGCAAUGUGGAACGAGCAAACCCAACCAUGAGCUACAAUACACUAGACAGGGUGCUCUCGGUGACCAUGUCAAGCAUGACCCACGGCAGCGCGUUUCUUUGGGGAGUAACUGAAAUGAUUGACAGCCUUAGCCAAAGAUACUUCACCAGGAACGAGUUCAGGUAUCUAAUGAUGGGUGGGAAUGACGGCUUCUUCAACUUUCCCGCGCCGUGGGCCGCUGGCAGCUAUAAAGAACCCGAUUUCCACAUCAUCCACCCUAACACAUUGCUGCCUACAGUGGUUAUUGAAUGUGGAUACUACAAUGAAAGCAAUACCAAGCUGCAAUGUGAUAAAGAUCUUUGGAUGCUGGGCGGAGCACCGCAUGUUAAUGUCGUCAUCCUCAUAAAGUGGGAUAAAGAGCCGGAUAGUAACCGCGUAUCUGGGUGGAUCGAAUUGCAUCGCCGCGGGGAUAAUGGUGCCGCUAUACGCAGGGACAUCUUCCCAGCUCCUGCUCCUGGAACGCCUUGGGAGAGCGAGACCAUCACCUUGUACAGAAGCGACUUUUAUUCGGGAGGCGAAAUACCGCCUAGAAGGAAUAGAAACGAUAUCUGGCUAUGGAGCUUGGACCGUCUGAGAGACAUUGCAGGGCAGAGAAUGGCCAUUGAGGGACUUGUUCCAGCUUAG